AUGGUUCCAUCAAAUAGUAGUAGUAACACAUUAAGUUUAUGUUCAACAACUAGUACACAAAAUUAUCCAAAGUCAAAUAGCACGAUCCUUUUAGGUACCGCUCUGGUAUACGUGCUUGACAAAAAUGGUAAUCAACACACUGUUAGAUUUUUGUUGGAUUCAGCGAGUCAAUGUCAUUUUCUUACCAGUACUUGUUGUAGACGAUUAAAUUUAUCCAUUUCAAACAACUCGUCGACAGUCCAAGGCAUUGGGAAUGGAGUGAACCUAGUUAAAGGUGAAGUUCAUUUAGUUUUUUCGUCACGUUUUAAUGAAAAUUAUCGGUACCCCAUAGUAGCUUUAGUAGUAGAUAGAAUCACCGAUAAAUUACCCCAUUCUUUCGUCGAUAUUAAUACGAUGCCUCAUCUAAUGAAUUUACCAUUAGCGGAUGUAAAUUUCCAUAGCCCGGGCGAAAUAGAUGGAAUAAUUGGAGCUGAACUAUAUUCUAAUAUUCUCGGUAACAAUAGAAUUAUGGGAUUAGAUAAUUUUCCAACCGCUUUAGAAACCACUUUAGGUUACGUUGUCAUGGGAAAAUCUCCUGUUUUAACCAAUCUGAAUUCAUUUCAUAGUUUUUGUACAACAAUAGAACCCCCUCUGGAAAAAUUAGUAGAAAAAUUUUGGAGUUUAGAGGAAAUUCCUUCCAAACCAAUUCAUAGUCCGGACGACAUCCAUUGUGAAACAAUAUUUAAAGCAACGUAUAAAAGACAAGCUUCUGGUCGAUACACAGUCGCUCUCCCAUUUCGCUAUAGUUGGUUACAAUUAGGUGAUAGUUACUUCGUGGCUUUACGAAGAUUUUAUGCAUUAGAGAAAAAAUUUAGACAAGAUCCUCAAUACAAAAUUCAAUACAGCCAAAUGAUCAAAGAGUAUUUGAAUGAAGGUUAUUUGAAAAAAUUAGAUAGAAAUACAGAUGUAGUAGAAAGUGCUUAUUAUAUUCCACAUCAUGGAGUUAUUAAGCUAGAAUCCGAGAGUACCCCACUUAGAAUAGUUAUGGAUGCUGGUGCCAAAUCCAAUAGUUCGUACUCUCUCAAUGAUUUAUUGUAUAGUGGUCCAAAACUCCAGGCGGAUGUUUUGACAUUGUUUUUAAAAUUUAGAUUAUUUGAAAUAGCACUCACUGCGGAUAUAAGACGUAUGUAUCUGCAAAUAGAUAUGGCCAAAGAUCAUAGGCGUUUUCAAAGAAUAUUAUGGCGUGAUUCUGAAGACGACGAUCUUUCGGUUUACGAACUUACGACUGUUACGUUUGGGGUUAAAUCGUCUCCAUUUUUAGCUCUUAGAAUUAUUCAACAGUUAGCGGAAGAUGAACAAACUUCCUACCCUUUAGCGUCUAAAGUGGCACGCAACAACAUGUAUAUGGAUGACCUCAUUACUAGCGUUCAUUGUCUAUCCGAAGCAAAUGAACUUUAUAGAGAAAUGAUCGAAUUUUUUAAAAGUGGUGGAUUUGAAAUAGUAAAGUGGGCUACUAACUCUAGGCAGUUACUCGAAAUAGUUCCGGAUAGUUUACGGGCAAACAAUCCGAAAAAUUUUGAUUCGGAAUUAAUGAAAAUUUUGGGUCUCCAAUGGCAACCCAAUAGUGAUAUGUUAUCAUUCAAUCGAAGUUUCGAAAAGGUGACAUGUACCAAAAGAAAUAUUCUUUCGAUAGUGGCACGGAUAUUUGAUCCAUGUGGAUUUGUUGCGCCUGUUACUCUACAAUUAAAAUUAUUUAUCAAAGAAUUGUGGACACAUAAAUUAGAUUGGGAUCAAACACCACCAAAUAGUUUUGUUAAACGAUGGGAAGAUUUUGUAAUCGAAAUGCCAUUAUUGAAAAAUUUUAAAAUUCCGCGCCAUUUAGGGGUUUUUACAGACUCUGUUCCCAUACUUGUAGGAUUUUGUGAUGCUAGUGAAUCAGCCUAUGCGGCAUUAGUUUAUAUGCGUACUUAA